GUUGUGUUGAAAACUAGAGUUUGUUGGGAACUGUUUUGUUUAGAUAUAUUGUAGCUGUUGUUAACAAUAAGCUGCUCGAUUUUUACAUAGCAUACGUAAAUGUAACUGAAUAGCAGAAUGGAAUAUGCAGUCGUGCCUGAAACAUAACAAAAACAAAGUUAAUUUGUAAAUAUUAGUAAUCUAGGAAGACACCAGCAGGGAAUGUAAUUUUAACAUUAACAUCGUUGAGAUUUAUCGUACAGAAGAAUCGUCUUCUGCUAUUUCCACCUGACAAUAUGUGUUAUUAAAACUGGAAAACAUAACGACAAUAUAAAAAAAAUGGGUUAGAUGAGGUGGUACCCAACGUGAGUUUCAGUCGCCGCGAGGCGUCUUCGUGUUCACUAUGUGGAGAUUCUCAACAAGAAUUGCCGCAGUGAAAUGACAUUACGCAUUGAACCGUACCUACUCACAGGAGCUUCCAUACAAGGAAUGAAAAUAUAAAUAGGGUGGUCAUAGUCCGUCUGUAGUUGAGAUAUUCCUAUUAAAUGCGUCAAACUCCCAAACCUAGUAAUCAUUGUACAUACAGCUGCUAGUACAUUUCAUAACUGAGGGUCACAGCACAGCAGUUUAAAGCUCAUUUUGUGUCGGUGAAAUGUAAUUCUUCACUUUGGUAGAUUUAUCGACUGAAUCAGCAUCUGCACGACUGGCUCUUCGUGUGACGUGUUCCCGACAAUAGGCUUGGCAAUGUGAACUGUUGAUUUUUGCAGAGGUAACUGAACAGAAAAAGUGUUGAAGAGAAGAGCAUCACCUCAGCAGGGAAAUCGCUGAAGAUGAAUAUGUUCCAGGCAAUUAACAAUGCGAUGGAUAUAACACUCGAUAAGGAUCCCUCUGCAGUUGUGUUUGGAGAAGAUGUUGCAUUUGGUGGAGUGUUUCGUUGCACACUGGACCUACAAAAAAAGUAUGGCAAAGAUAGAGUAUUCAACACUCCUCUCUGUGAACAGGGCAUUGUAGGUUUUGGAAUAGGUCUUGCAAAUGUUGGUGCAACAGCAAUUGCAGAAAUACAGUUUGCUGACUACAUCCUACCCGCUUUUGAUCAGAUAGUAAAUGAGGCUGCAAAGUGUCGGUAUCGCAGUGGCAAUCAGUUCCAUUGUGGCAGUCUUACUAUAAGAACACCUUGCGGGGCUGUUGGACAUGGUGGACUUUAUCAUUCCCAAAGCCCAGAGGCAUUCUUCGCACAUGCACCAGGACUUAAGGUGGUGGUGCCACGGGGAGCAGCGAAGGCUAAAGGUUUGUUGGCGUCCUGCAUAAGAGACAAUGAUCCAUGCAUCUUUCUGGAACCCAAGGUGCUAUAUCGGUCAGCAGUUGAAGAUGUGCAGGUUGAUGAGUACCUGCUUCCUCUGGGGAAGGCAGAUAUUGUGUUGGAAGGGGAUGCAGUGACUCUAAUUGGAUGGGGUACUCAGAUACAUGUUCUGAGGGAGACAGCUGAAAUAGCAAAGAAAACAAUGAAUGUGAACUGUGAAGUCAUUGACUUAGUUUCCAUUCUUCCUUGGGAUGUGGACACAGUAAGCAAGUCUGUGAAGAAAACAGGCCGUGUGGUUAUUGCACAUGAAGCUCCACUGACGUGUGGCUUUGGUGCUGAAUUAGCUGCAACAAUACAGGAAGAGUGUUUUCUACAUCUGGAAGCACCGGUACAAAGGGUCACAGGCUUUGAUACACCAUUUCCAUGUAUCUUCGAGCCUUUUUACAUUCCCACAAAAUGGCGCUGCCUGGAAGCAGUACAAGCUGUCCUCAAAUAUUAAUGUUACUGUUUCUUCACCAGAAAAUGAGUAUUCAUUGGCAAUACUGUGUUAAAGUUCUUAUUGUUAUCUCUGUUUUCAGUCCAUAACUUUCAUAUAAUGAAUACAUGAAAUAUAGAAAUUCUGAGCUCUAAAAUAAGCUUGUAAACUAGAUGUUAAUUGUGUCCAUUUUAAAUUAUAUAUUUGUACUGUUGUUGUCACUGAAACUUUUAUAUGAAUUUAUUACUCCAAUAAAAUAAAAACUCUAUAAUGUUUCCCCUCCCUCUGUA